AAUGGAGCAGAAAGGAGUUCAUCUGGACAGAGAAACCUUCUCUUGUUCCAUCUGUCUGGAUCCACUGAAGGAUCCUGUGACUACUCCCUGUGGACACAGCUACUGCAUGAACUGUAUUAAAAGCCACUGGGAUGGAGAAGACCAGAAGAGAAUCUACAGCUGCCCUCAGUGCAGGAAGACUUUCAUACCGAGGCCUGUCCUGGAGAAAAACACCAUGUUAGCAGAGUUAGUGGAGCAGCUGAAGAAGACUGGACUCCAAGCUGCUCCAGCUGAUCACUGCUAUGCUGGACCUGAAGAUGUGGCCUGUGAUGUCUGCACUGGGAGGAAGCUGAAAGCCUUCAAGUCCUGUCUGGUCUGUCUGGCCUCUUACUGUGAGAAACACCUCCAACCUCACUAUGAUGCAGCUCCAUUAAAGAAACACAAGCUGGUGGAGCCCUCCAAGAAGCUCCAGGAGAACAUCUGCUCUCGUCAUGAUGAGGUGAUGAAGAUUUUCUGUCGUACUGAUCAGCAGAAAAGGACUGAGAAGCAGAAGGAGGUGGAGGUGAUGCUACAAAACAUCCUGCAGGGAAUCCAGGAGAGAAAGAAAGAUGUGGAGCUGCUUAGAUGGGAGCUGAAGGCCAUCAAAGACUCUGCUGAUAAAACAGUGAAGGACAGUAAGGAGAUCUUCACUGAGAAGAAAAGAAGCUCUGAUGUGGAGCAGCUGGUCAGAUCCCAGCAGGAAACUGAAGAGAGUCGAGUCAAAGAUGUUGAGGAGAAGCUGGAGCAGCAGAUCACUGAGCUGGAGAGGAAAGGCUCCGAGCUGAAGCAGCUCUUAAACACAGAGGAUCACAACCAGUUUCUACACAACUACCCCUCACUGCCACCACCCAGUGAGUCUACACACUCAUCCAGCAUCAAGAUUCGUCCUCUGAGGUACUUUAAGGACGUGAAAGCAGCUGUGACAGAGACCAGAGAGAAACUACAGGACAUUCUGAGAGAGACAUGGACAAACAUCUCAGUGACAGUGACUGAAGUGGAUGUUUUACUGCCACAACCAGAGCCAAAGAGCAGAGAUGAAUUCUGGAAAUAUUCAUGUGAAAUCACACUGGAUCCAAACACAGCAAACACACGUCUGUUAUUAUCUGAGGGAAACAGAAAAGUAACAAGAAUGAAAAAACCUCAGUCUUAUUCUGAUCAUCCAGACAGAUUCACUGAUUAUUUUCAGGUCCUGAGUAGAGAGAGUCUGACUGGACGUUGUUACUGGGAGGUGGAGUGGAGAGGAGGAGGAGUUUAUGUAGCAGUCGCAUACAAGAAUAUCAGCAGAACAGGGAGGUCAAAUAAAUGUUUAUUUGGAUACAAUGACAAAUCUUGGUCAUUAGAUUGUGACACAAACAGUUACAUAUUUCACUACAACAAAGUCAGAACUGAUGUCUCAGGUCCUGUUCCCUCCAGAGUAGGAGUGUACCUGGAUCACAGAGCAGGUCUUCUGUCUUUCUACAGCGUCUCUGAAACCAUGACUCUCCUCCACAGAGUCCAGACCACAUUCACUCAGCCUCUCUAUGCUGGAGUUUGGUUAGUUGGUCUUUAUUCCAGGAUCUCAAACAAAGUCCAUGGAGAAAAUGUGGAGCUAAGGUGA